ACAUUCGUUCAUCGACGAGAAUGGAACGAAAGGACUACUCUUCCUUCGCUUUACGUUUGAUGUUAGCUCAGUUUAAUUUUAGAAAACACUCUUAGCUAGCCUGGCUGUUUACAUCAAAGAAUAAUACACAGUCUAUGCAGCAGUUUGACCGUUAAAACGGUUUGUAGAGGAGUUGUAACCCGUAGCAACUGCUGUUGGACCUUUCAUUCAUAAAUAUGAUGGAGGAUUUCUCUGGUUUGGCUUUGCCUCCUCUCUUCGGUGGACACAUCCUGGAGGCAGAGCUGGAGCCUGGUGGCGUGGAGCUGGGACCAGGGGAGGUGGAGCUGGGCCCGGGAGGCAGUGAGCUGCUGGAGGGGACAGAGCAGGACGAUGAAGAGAGGAGAGCUCUUGAUAAGAGGAAAUAUCUGGCUCUGAAUAGGAGAUGUAAAGACAUUGAACAGGUGAAUCAGAAGAUUCUUGGUCGCCUUCAUCAAGUACAAAGAAUAACACGACGCUUGAAGAAGGAGAGACGGUUUCUCAUGAAGACUUUAGAUGCUCAUGGGGACGACUACAGGAACGCCCAGCUCACUAUACUUCUAGAGGAUGAGCCUGGAGUCCAUUUAGACCCUGCUGCAGGAGUGAAGGAUGACCGGCCUAACGGUGUGUCAGGUUCCUCCUCGUCUGCUGCGUUGCCUCAUGCUGCGCUGCCAAAGAGGAAAAGACACAGAAUACCACGGCAAGAAAAAGAUAAAGACCAACAGACUGAAGCAGACAUGUCAGUGUUGGCAGAGAAUCAGUUUGGAGAAAUGCCCAGCCCGACCUCUCUGUCUCACUGAUCAUUGAACUGUGGCCCUGAUGAUGACGAUGAUGAUGAUGAUGCAGAAGGAGCACACAGUUUCAUUAACUCUUCAGUAGAAACGCUGCCUCUCCGCCGGGUUUUGCACUGUUUUAGUUUACAUUGUGAUCCGAUUGAACCAAUGUAAGAUAAAACGAUAUGUUGUACACUUGGUACAAGUAUUCAUUUGUUUUGUAUAUUUUAUUUUCCGUAGAAAUAUUUUGUACUUUUAUUUAAUAACGACACAUAAUUAUGACCAGUGGCCAACUGCACACUGUAAUACAUGGGGCUGUUUGUUAAUUAUUUGAUAAACUAGAUACAUUUAUAGUAAACUUACAAACUUGUGUUUAUUAAUAGAUUUCACAAUUGAUUCCCUGGAUACUGUCAUUGAUAUUAUGGUUCAUGAUUUUAUUUCAGAACCUGCUGAAAUAAAUUACUAUUUGGCAAUUGGA